AUGCUUAUUGACAUCGUCAUCCAUGGAGACAUUCUAUGUCCGUGGUGCUUUCUCCAGAAAAAGACUCUCGAGGAUGCCAUGGAACGAUAUCAAGCACUCCACCCAGAAGUUGAAUUCGAUGUCACAUGGAAGCCCUUUCUGCUGUACCCCACGCUACGAAGAGGUGACAAGCGUGCUCUCUAUGAAAAGCUCAUGUCCCCAGAGAAGCUUCGUCUUUUCACUUCUCGACUCCAAACAGCCGGUGCUCGUUACGGCAUCGAAUUCUCCGUGACUGGCAAGACAGGGCCUUCACAGCCUGCCCAUCGACUUGUGGCCUUGACCCUUGAAACUCGCGGAGCAAAUGUCCAGUCUGCGUUUCUUGACGCUCUGUUCCGUGGUCACUUCGAAAAUGGGGCUGACAUUGCCGACGAAGCCUGGUUGAUGCACGUAGGCCGAACAGAGGCCAAACUCGAAGAUUCUGAUAUGAGAGCCGCGCUUCUAGGGCCUGGUCUGGGAAAAACGCUCGAGGACGAGGUCAGAACUGCUGCCAUAGCGGGUGUAGAAGCCGUGCCUUGCGUUACGGUCCAGAAGAAGUAUCGAGUUGGGGGGUAUCAAGAGUCAGACAUCUUUGAGAGCCUGUUUGACAAGAUACGGCGGGAGAACAGGUAA